AUGCUUUGGCUCUGCAUGCUAUUCAACUUUCCUGUGAAUCAGCAAUAUACUCUUAAGUUUAAAGAACACAUUUCUGCUCACCAUGUAUGGACUCAUUUGACUGAGAGAGAUUGGGGACGGGUGCGACAACUGGUGCCAAGCUCAGAUCAUGACGAAGAAAGUCAUGUCGAAGAUAAUGGUUCGAGAAAGUACCUUGAUUAUGAGCUCUUAUACAAGGCAGUUGAAGAAGGUAAGUGGCAUUCUAUAGAAGCUAUCCUUCACGAGCAUCAAGAUGCCAUUAGGGAAAACAUUUCAUCACACAAAGAUACAGCUCUGCACAUUGUAAUUUUGUCUGGACAUACUGAAAUUGCAGAAAAACUUGUAAAACGGAUGGAGCCAGGCGACUUAGAACUGAAAAAUGAAUAUGGAGCUACGGCCUUAUCUCUUGCUGCGAUUUGUGGUGCGAAGAAACUGGCCAAGGAAAUGGUACGUAAGAACAAAAAAUUAGUUACAAUACAAACUGCAGAUCAUGAAGAUGGGCAUCUUCCUGUGAUUGUGGGUGCAUUGUAUGGACAAAAGGAAAUGGUUCGUUAUUUAUACAAAAUGACGCCAAAAGAUGAGCUGAGUCCUGAAAAGGAUCUGAAAAUAGUUUCUUCUACAUUCGAGUUUCAUCUCGCAGAAAACUAUAAGAUUUGUGCCUCUCCGCCGGUAGCAAGCUCUUCGGGCAGAGCCUCUCCGCCGAUAACAUGCUUCGAGUGCUCGACCUGA